AUGUGGAAUGAAGUUAGCGCUAGUGAAGUCGAAGCCCUUCUAGGCGAGUUGAGGGACAUUGUCAGCGACCCCGUGGUUAUGUCUGUCACAAAAAGUGGAGAGGACAAGCAGCUAAUCUCAGAAGAAAAGACGAAACCCAAAGCCGUGGGGCGUGUGGGUUUCUCAACGUACGCCAGUGUUACGGAGAGUAGACGAACAGUUGUUCCUCUUUAUGAGCGACUUCCACCCAUCACCCCGCCUGUUGUCUGCAGCAUACGGGAUGAAUUAACCAUGUCUGGCGCAGACACGUUGCGUAAAGGGUUUCUGCUACUGCCUAACCUCACUGGGGAUGGUGAGGGCAUGCCCCAACGGCCGAUGUCGCCCAACGAAGUGCGAAGGCUUUUGUGUUGUGCGGAGAGUUCUGCACGAGGCGGUGCAGCGAAUAAUUCUGCAACCUCACCGACUGCGGGGGAGGGGGGUGACGUUAAGGAUAGUUACAGGGAACCCAACUUUUUGCCCAUCAUGUGUGCGAGACAUAUUUGUCCUGGAGGUAUUGUACCCCGGGCGCGUUGGGGCCAUACUUUAACGGCUGUGCAAGGACACAAGCUCGUGCUAUUUGGUGGAAUGGACUUAAAGGAAGGUGAUACGUCGGACCUUUUUGAAUAUGACGCUCAUCACGUCGUGUGGGACCCCGUGUUUGUUGCUGAUGGUGUAGGUCCGGCACCCCGUACAAAUCAUGCUGCGUGUGCCGCUGAGGACCGCUGGCUGUACGUUAGUGGGGGGACAACUGCCCGUGGAACAAUUAUCCUCGGUGACAUUUAUCGCUUUGAUACAUGGACUCAUGAGUGGAAAUGCCUGUGGGAGUACAGAGGCAUCGGCACCAGUGCCAGCAAUAGCACAAGCAAGAAUGAACCCACACCUCGUUUUGGACAUUCAAUGUUACAUCGUGACGGCCGGUUGUACAUUUUCGGUGGACGAGCACUCAAGCGCAAUCAGAGUGGGUCACGGGGCGAUGCCGUCACGUGCAUGGCCUCCACUGAUGUUUACGUUUUUUCGUUGACCAGUGGUAAAUGGAAGAAACGCAUUCAAGCUGGGAAGGAAAACACAGUGAGUGAUGAGGCCAAAGCACCGGGGAGUGCGGGGCCAUGUGCCUCAGAAAGGCAGGAAAGUGAGAAUGCCGUUGAACUACCGCCUACGCGCCCCACUGUGCGGUUCCAUCAUGCGGCGUGUAUUAUGGAUUCCACUAUGUUUAUUAACGGAGGUGUUGACGGUGACAGUGUUACAUUAGCUGACACAUGGGCACUCAAUCUCAAGGAAGGGCGAUGGAUAAGAUUGCACGAUGGAAGUACAGCGGAUGCUCAUCCACGAGAAAAGCAUCAUUUAUUUGCCUGCGGCGGUUGCUUGCUUGCGGUUGGGGGUUGCAGCGCUAGCGACCGCCGUAGCUUAGUCUCUAGAAGAUGCCGAAACUUUGUUGCGGUACUGGCUCUUGAAAGUGAAAACAAGUUGGGUUCUGUCUCAUGGUUCCCACUGGCAAUGGGGAACGCGGCGGCAGUGGUUCCAAACAGAAAAUCGUUUGGUGCGGCCUUCAGUGGGGGGUUUGUGCACGUGUUUGGUGGCAUCUGCGGAUGCGAACCGCCCUCCAAUACGAUGGUACGUUUUCUUGCGGCAGAUGGUUACUUUGCGACAGACUCUACAAUGGUUCCCUCUUCCUCUGCAGGCAACAAAGAAGGCGCUAUUUCCAUGAUGCGUUCUGUGCGAGAGAGUGGCGACUUUGUCACGUAUGACGCGUAUAUCCUUCCACGCAGCUGGGAUGGUGAUGUAGAAGUUGACACUGUGGCCAACAAGCCAUUUGGCGUGCAUCGUGCUUUGGUGCAGCAACGGGCUCCAAAGUUUUGGGAGGAUGUUCUGCGCUGCCGGACAAGCGUUGCGAAGUCUAUCAUCUCCCCAAUUGCAGAUGCGUCGUCCCAACUGGUUAAUUUUGCAUGCAACCCUGGGUUAGCGGAGAGCGGUAACGCCGAUAAUCCCACUGUGGGCUCUUGUAAUCGCGCCGGUUGUGAUGAGGAGCCCAAUCAGGCGCAUGUCACUGCGUAUUACACGGAAGGGAAUUCCCGUGUCCAGGGCCUAUCAGUCUCUCUCACGGCAAACCAGUUGCAGUGUUUACUAGAUUAUAUCUAUUGGGGGGACAUGCACCUCAGUAUGCUCGCAGAACUGGAUGACGAUAACGUGUCUAAUAGGGGGAGGGAGGACCUACAGAAAACCGCAGCUCAGGAAGAAGUCCGAACGGUACAGUCACUUAUGCGCGCGGCGGAAGUCUAUGAGUUACCCCUUCUCCAUGCGCUCUGCAAUGCACUCUCCUCGGGUAACAUCAAGGAGCUAAGAGAAGCAAGGGAGAGAUGCGGCGAGCAACUUCAGGAGGAUCUGUUGCAUUUGUUGGAAACCUCCCGUGGGGCUACUGCAACAGUUCUCUUUGUUGACCCACACACAAAACAGCAGGUAUCGUGUUCUCUUCAUCCGUUCAUUCUGACUGCCUCCAACUCCUUCUUCAAGGACUUACUUCGGCCUUUACUCACCGGUGAAAAGAUGGCCUUCCAAAUGGGAUCCGUUUCCGCCAAACUGUGCGCGGCAGGACGGUACGCAGCCUCCAAGUCACGCCGUGGGAUAGUUGUUGGGCCCGUGCCGAUGCCAUACUUGGCCGUGCAGCCAGUGCUCUGCUUCUUGUACACACGUCAAUUGCAAAUUCCGCGUGAGUCAGUCUUUGCCACGAUGCUGGGAUCUCGUCUUCUGGAUGUGGCGCCCCUACAGGCAUAUUGCGAAACCAUUCUUGCGCGGGAGGAGGUGAACUACGACACCGCAUUACACUUUUUCUCACUGGCGGGGAGGUAUCAGGCUCCACUUUUGCAGGAGAUCGCCCUACUGACGGCAGUGAUGGGCUAUGGGGUGAUUCGACCCACCAUGAGAACGGUUGAUUUGUCUGAGGAGGAGGUGAAGGAAAUCGCUGCUGUUGCGGAGGAAUUGGGAACCGACACGUGGGUACCUCCCCCACAGACAUCUACUGUCGCGAAGACACGUGAGGAGUACCAAGCCCGGUGGGAUGCGUCACUGCCGUAA